GGCAGGUGCAUGUGAGCAGACAGGCAGCGGAGUUUUGAAUGCACUGAAGUUUAUUGAGGGUUUUGCAAGGGAGGCCGUAGAAGAGGCUUUUUUCUCAGACAGGCAAUAACAUUUUCUCACAUUUCUCUCUUGUUUAAACGCUCUCAAAAAAGUUCAAAUCUUCAUUUUUAAUUUUAAUGAUCACCCUACAUGUCGGCCACAAGAAAUUAUUAAGUGACUCGUGUGUUUCUCUUCGGUGACCGUGCCUUUUCGUCCCGUUUUUGUAUCGUUGUUAAAACACUACGCUGUAGUAGUACACCUGUUGCAGUCCUCCUCCAAACUGAAGCUGCAUUUACAGUAUUCCGUAAUGGUGCUGCAGAGCCUCGCCAACCUUUUGUGCGAUGGUUAGCAUGCUCCUGUGCCUUUUGGACGCAGAACGUUUUGUCAACAUUGUGGGUUUUGUCGGGGAGAAACUUGCAAACAAACACUCCAAAGCUAGCGAUGACACAGGAGACACGGCAGGGCGGGACAAAGGAGAUUGAUUGACAAUGGUCUACAGCCAAUCAGGACACAGAAGACAAUGGGCGGUGCAGACAGACGAGAGAGCGAGGGAACACUACUACCGACUUAGUCAUGAUUUAGAAAACUGAUGUCACACUUUAGGACACUCUGACUUCAUAGAGGCUUGUCACUCCCGUUUCAUUAUAUUUGGUGCCACCUACACAAAGCUUACUGUCAAUACUGUGUGUGUGUGUGUGUGUGUGUGUGUGUGUGUGUGUGUGUGUGUGUGUGUGUGUUGUUGUUAUGGUAGAAAGAUACACACCUCUACUACAUGCAAUCACUUCCAUCUUCCUACUGAAUUUAGGAACUGUGUCAUCUAAAUAAUAUUAAUUGACAUGUCAAAUGUAUUAUCGUCACCCUGUUUAUUGGUACACAAACGUACUACGUAUUCCCAAUGAUGCCAUCAAAUGGGUCCUUGGUAUGAUAGGCCAUUUACACAGCGUCCACAGUGACGUCAAUCUAUGCCAUGAAGUUUGCUUUACUGUGAUACAUUCCAUCUUGAGCAGCCAACUUCAUGAAAUAACUUACACGAGGGAGUGAAUUUACAGAAGAGACGUUGGGGAAGGGCUGGGUCUUUCUUAUUUUUUUCUUGUCCUGUCACGUCCUGUGAUUAACUACCUCUGAUUAGUAAAGUGGACAGCCUGAAGAGGCCCAGAUGGAAUUCCCAUCUAAACGUAAAAAAAUAACCAGUCUUUUUUUUAAUACUAUUUGUACAAACUUAAGACACUGAUAGAAAAAAAGUAAUGAGCACAGAAUAAAAUGUGAGGUCCAGGUAAGAUCAUAUGUGGACUUACCUUAAUAGAAGUGAGAUCGGAAAAUGCAGUUUGAAUGGGUUUCGAAGGCAGAUUUUUUGCACUUUUUUGUUUACGGCAUAUUUGACGUAUAUAGGAACUGAGGUUUAUGUAAUAUCAAAUCAAAAAACACCAAUUUGACCAAAUUUAUGGCAUUUACAUGAACUCAGGUAGCACAGCUAUGAUUUAUGCCAUAUGUGCGUACACAACCAAAUAAUAAAUAUGUAAAAAAAAAAAAAACCUGUGUAAAAUACAGCUGCAACAAUUGAUGAAUUGGUGAUGAGUUGUUGACUAUUUUGCUCGUGAAUUUAUCAUUUUUGUCAAUAUCCUCUGAUUUCAACCUAUCAAACGUGAAUAUUUUUUAAAUGUCCUUAGUCAUCCAUGAAGGUUUUAUGCAAAACAAGACAUUAACACACAUCGGCUUUGAACAGUGAUCAACAUUUUUGCCUCUUGAUAUGUUGCCUACCAAACCACUGUCGGUGUUGUGGCCUAACCGAUUACUUGAUUAACCGAAGCAACAAGCUUCAGAUUAAUCGACUAAGAAAAUAAUCGUAAAAUGUUCACCGCAAUCCUUAAGGCAGACGGAUAGGAAGAUUGCUGCUUUUAAAAAGCAGCUGGUAAAGGAUUUGUUUAUGGUCCGCCAAGUGGGGUGGGGGGGGAGCAUUUUUGAAGGAUUAGUGAUUAGUGGCAGGAAAUAAAAGGCAGCACCAAAUACAGAAGAAAAUGGAAGGGGUCGGCCAGACCCUGGGGAAAUAGGGGGACUUGGGAGCACAUUGAAAUAUUAGCCAUAAUGAAGUAGUACAAAUCAGGAGGUAGAAAUGCUUAUUUUUAAAUAGCAUUGUCAAAGAGCAUUUGCCAAAUAUGGUCAUUUAGGUUUCCAUGGGCAAAUCUAUAAGAUGUUUACAAUACAUUGUGGUCAUCUACAACCAUACAUUUCUAGAACUUUAAUGGCAAAUCAUUGUUUUUCGUUAUAAGUCUGUUCACAGUGGAAUCUGCUCCAUGUGUAAGAUAAGGAGAGAGAAGAGUGGGCGAAGGGAGUUGGGGGAGUGGUGUGUGUGUGUGCGCAAGUUUGUGUGUGUUUGUGGGGGGCGAUUGCAUCACAGGAAACAAGCUCUCCGUCCUGCAGUUGAAUGUGACCCUUUGGCUUGGGAUCAAAUGUUCCUCUGGGGCGGAAUACCAUGAAGCCUCUGUCCUCUGCACCGCGUGUUGCUCUGCACUACACUGACUGACUUGAGAGGAGGAGGGUGGGCGGAAGAAGUGGGUGAGGAGCGCUGAGAAAAAUCCUGGAAGUCGACAGCACAGCACAAUAUCACUAAGCUGCAUGGUUCUCUGCAAAACCGCAAGAAUAGCCAUACAGUAUGAAGUCACUUGUUUAUUGCGAUUAAUUGCUUCUAUACCGUUUUUAACAUUAUUAGAACCCUCUAGACAUGAAACAACACCCCUAUAGUCACCUUUACAUUUGUAUUACCCAAUGUAGUAGGUACUGUAUAAUCAGAGAAGACAAGACAUAUGACACACCAGGAGUUCCUUGUUUUUUUUGGACAGCUCACUUCCUGCGGUGACUAUUGCCUCAUCAAUGUAUUGUAAUGGUGGCUUUAAAUGGCUUUACUCUCAUAUUACCCAAUAUCGUAGACAUAAUAAGAAUAAACAAGCCAUUUAAGAUGUAAAAAAACCCCAAACUCAGGCUCGUGUGUGUGACAGUAACCUUAGUAGCGGGCGGACAGAUUGUGUUGAAAACAGGAAGUGACAUUCAGAGUUGAGUUUUACUGUAGCUUAUGGUGGGUUAUGGCCACAACAGUUGCCCGUGUUACUAUUAUGAUUAUUAUGAUAUUAUUGUGCCUUUUGUGAGAUAACUCGGAAUUCGCCUAUUCUGGCGAUCACAUCUGAUGCCUGUUUCACCAAACACCGACACCUAGUGGCCAAUGUACAAUACUACAUUCACAAUUAAAAUGCUUAUGCUUUGUAUUUGUGUUUUAGUUGAUUUAGCUAGUUCAUUUAGCCAUUUUUAUGCGUGAAGAUGCUUAAUUUCGAGAGCUGCGGUUCCUCGAUGAGCAUCUGAAGAACAGCAUGAUCCGCUCCCUUCAGAAACCAAGUCACAUGGUGGUUUUCCAGCAUAAUGACAAGUGCCAUGAUGAAGGUGAAGGAGGUGUUUGGGAUGGAUUGGCCACGUCUUACUGAGGACCAGACACUGCACCGUGUAAAAAAAAUAAAACAUAAAAAUGAUGAAACCAGAGACUCUGGCUGGCUGCACAUCUCAAGUCUGUGCUGACCGGAUGACUGGAGGGUGACUGAAGAAGAAAGAAGUCACGCCUAUUUUUAGCCCCACGCUGGAUGGAAGGAUGGAAAAGCAAACACAGUAGCUGCACACACACAGUGCGACAGCGAGCAUUGGGGGAGUCUUGAGCGUUACAGAAAGGGAGGGCAGAGGGAGGAGUGAUUCAUUUCAGGUUCUGCAGAGUUUGGAGCACUAGCUCAUUACUGUGUCGGGUGAAUACAUAGCUCUAACUGACUCCGCAGGAGCUUUCCCCUUUUUAGAAGGCUCUUUUUGCACUCUCAAGUGCCUCUCUGCCUACGUGACGGAGCUAAAGCCAAGGACCGGACUUUCAGAGGGAUUGGCCUGCCAUGGAAUGUUGUAGAAUUGCUCCCAGGAUUGUAAGACUUUGUUUGCCCCGCUUUUGGGUUCAAAGCUGCAUAUCUGGAUCCAGGGAGUUGGUGUACCCAUUCCCUCAGAUGCAGGGAACGCCGGAAUGGUUUUCCAGUGGUUCUGCUAAUGGUCUGGAUGACAAGCAUCUACGUCUGUGCGCAUUUUUUUGCUGAGGAAUUCAGGAUGCGACGCUUUGACAAGCUAAAAAAGGCAUUCCCCUUCCUGGCACGCUUUCAUGUGUAUCGAAAACUGGGCAAUAGCAUGCAGUGUGAGGAAGGCACAGAAUGGCUACUGGAGCUGCUGAUCGAAGUACAGUUGCAGCAGUACUUCCUGCGAAUCAGAGACGACCUAAACGUCACACGGUUGUCCCACUUCGACUAUGUCAAGAAUGAGGACCUUGAGAAGAUUGGCAUGGGUCGACCUGGGCAGCGACGACUGUGGGAGGCUGUGAAGAGGAGGAAAGCAAUGUGCAAGCGCAAGUCCUGGAUGAGCAAGGUUUUUAGCGGUAAGCGUCCAGAUGGAGCAGACUUUCCCCAGCAGGGCCAGCCCGCCUCCUCAUUCCGCAAACUGUCUCCCACACCUCCCCUGGGCCUGAUGGAGGGGGUCCUGACCACACAGCCCGCUGGAGGUGCGCCUCUCGAUGGCCAGCAGCAGGCUCUAACCUGCCUCAUCCCCGAAAAAGACCUGGUGUUGCUUGAGAAGCUCGGGGAUGGAUCUUUCGGUGUCGUGAAGAGAGGAGAGUGGCUGACUCCUGCAGGGAAUACGAUUAAUGUCGCUGUGAAAUGUCUGAAGACAGAUGUGCUCACCCAGCCCGAUGCUCUGGAGGACUUCAUCUGUGAGGUCAACGCCAUGCACUCGCUGGAUCACCAGAACCUCAUUCGCCUCUACGGUGUGGUGCUCACACACCCAAUGAAAAUGGUGACCGAGCUCGCUCCAUUGGGUUCUCUGCUGGAUCGCUUGCGGUGCAUCCGUCCACAGGGCCCGGUGUUGAUCCACACACUGUGUCAGUAUGCCGUGCAGGUGGCCUGUGGCAUGGCCUAUCUGGAGCAGAGGAGGUUUAUCCACAGGGAUCUUGCGGCCAGGAACAUUCUGUUGGCAUCAGCUCACAGGGUGAAGAUUGGUGACUUUGGCCUGAUGAGGGCGCUGCCGAACAACCAUGAGCAUUAUGUCAUGCAGGAGCACAGGAAGGUUCCCUUUGCAUGGUGUGCCCCUGAGAGUCUGAAGACUAGAACGUUCUCUCAUGCCACCGACACGUGGAUGUUUGGGGUGACUCUUUGGGAGAUGUUCACGCAUGGCCAAGAGCCUUGGUUAGGGCUUAAUGGCAGCCAGAUCCUGCAUAAGAUUGAUAAAGAAGGCGAACGCCUCCCGAAGCCAGAGGACUGUCCACAGGAUAUCUACAACGUCAUGCUGCAGUGCUGGGCACAGAAACCAGAUGACAGGCCGACCUUUGUGGCCCUGCGAGAGUUCCUGCUGGAGUCCAUGCCAACAGACAUGUGCGCUCUACAGGACUUCGACGAGCAGGACAAGCUGCUGAUCCAGACUGAUGAUGUCAUCACCAUCAUUGAGGGCAGAGCUGAGAACUAUUGGUGGCGUGGUCAAAACAAACGUACCCUGAAGGUGGGACAGUUCCCCAGGAAUGUGGUGACAUCGGUGGCGGGGUUGUCGGCGCAUGACAUCAGCCGACCGCUCAAGAACAGCUUCAUCCACACCGGCCAUGGAGAUGCUAACCCUCAUCGCUGCUGGGGCUUUCCAGACAGGAUUGAAGAUUUGUAUCUUGGGAAUCCCAUGGAUCCUCCUGAUGUUCUUGGUUUGGACCUCAGCGCCGCCCGGCCCACUCAGCUACCAGGGCGAGCUAAAAAGGAGACUCCUCCGCGCCCUCCUCAACCAGCAGUGUUAAUCAAGAGUAAGUCUGCUUUCUCUCAGCAGCUCCUCACCCUUUGCUCCUGCCCUCUCUGUUCCCUUCUAGCUCCACUCUUCAAAGAGCCUUGUUAUGAUCCAGUCAAUGAGGAUGAGGACUUGACAUCGGCAGGACUGAAGAAGCUGUCACUUCAGAAAACAAGCUCUGUCAAAGGCCUCAAACUUAAACCAACGGCAUGGGUCUCCUCUUCCAAACAGGGGAGCGACAAGAACCCCCAACCCUGCAGUGAAGUGUCCCUCAUUGACUUUGAGGAGGAGUUUGCCCCACCCACACCUUCCCCGUCACCUGUGGUUGAAAUCCCAAUCCCCUGCCUGGCAAAGCUAGCUUUGGAAGCGGAGAAUCUCUUGGACAGGACGCCACCUCAGAGUCCGUCCAAGUCACUGCCCCGCCCUCUCCACCCCACGCCAGUCGUGGACUGGGAUGCUCGGCCCUUACCCCCGCCCCCGGCCUAUGACGAUGUAGCCCAAGAUGAAGACGAUAUGGAGGUGAGUUCCAUCAACAGCAUGGAACAGCAUCAUGAUGAAGAGACGACUGAUGUCCACAUCCCAGAAGCCAGUGUCUCCACAGUUCCAGACAGAGAAGGCCUGGAGGACAACCUCUUUCUCCCCAGCAAGCACAGCCAGGGCCUCACUACCUCAUUCUGCCAGUCUGCAGAAAUAUUCCAUGAGCUGCAGCAAGAGUGCAUGAAGAGGCUCAAUGUGCCGACAUCAGCCUCGUGUCUGCAGGCACCCCACUACCGUAGACACCUCUCCUCUACUGAGGAUAAACCCCAGAUCCCCCCUCGUGUCCCUAUUCCCCCUCGCCCAAUUAAAAGGGGCGACUACUCAUCUGCUCGUUGGUCAAGGGACCUCUCCCUGUCCCCGACCCCAGCUGACGUCACAGAAGACAUUUCAAGCUCAGAACAGGAUCGGCCACCGCAGAUCCCUCCCAGGGAACCAUUGUCACAGCCCAGCUCCAGGACUCCCAGCCCCAUGGGCCUGGUAGUGGGCUCCCCACAGCAAAGAGUCUACUCUGUCAGCCCCACAACCAUGCAAGUUCCUCUCACCACUUGCCCUUCCACACACACCUACAGCUCCUACCUCUCAACCUCUCCAAGUAAGUUCAUGCCAACCACACACAGCUUUGCCUCUGAUCCCAAAUAUGCUGCACCUAACGUGAUUCAAGCACAGGGGAAGGAGUUUGCAAACAAGGGCCCCUGCAUUCUACCCAUAGUCCGUGAUGGACGUAAAGUGAGUAACACUCACUAUUACCUUCUGCCAGAGAGGCCGCCCUACCUCGACCGAUAUGAUCGCUUCUUCAGGGAGGCUGAGAGCUUGAGUGGCAACACUGUGGAUGACAGGCACACACGCCAACCUAACACUGCUACCGUUCGACCCAUGGUGCUCAGCAGCCAGACUUGGCAGGGGCAUGGACAGGGGAUUGUCCCACUGGGCGAGCUGAAGGCUAAUUACUCCUGUAACAAUAGCAGCAGUCUUGGACUACGGACAGGGAUGAAGACCUCAGUUAGUCUCUCUGGUAUCAGUGCAGAGGGGUUGCCACCACCAGCAGGCACUGCAACCUGUCCCAGGACAGACGGAUUUGGAAACUCUGCUGACAGAGUCAAAAUGGUGCAGGAGGCAGUUCACGGUGUGACGAUAGAAGAGUGCCAAGCUGCACUGCAGAACCACAACUGGAAUAUUCAGAAAGCCGUGCAGUACCUGAAGACGGUGACAGACAUCUCAAGCUCAGGAGUUCUGAUUGGAAGUUCAUCCUCAAGAAAACAUGGCCAACGCUGCUCCUGGACCAUCCUGUUUGGCCCCUCAGUCACAAGACUAUUGCUGGAAAGCACACGCUUACUGAACUCAAAAUACCACAAAAAUACCACCUCCACCAUUUCACAUCUAUUUGUGUUUAUCAUGGAUAAAAGACACUUCCAGUUUGGACCGGUCAGAGAUUGCUGCACUUACUUAAAAGGCUCCAAAGCAGACCAGCAAUCGCACUUUUCUGGCAGUAGCGUAAGAGUCGUCGUGCGCCACACUCUGUUAUUAGAGCUGCAAUUACCGGAGGGACGUUCUCUGAUGUUUAAAAGCGUUUAAAGAAGUCUGCUUGGAAGGUGAAGAUGAGUUGGACAGCACAAAUACACAGAAGCACUUUGCUGAAAACGUUCCCCUCUUUGCCAAGAGGUCAUCAAGAACUGCAAUUUACUUUUCGCGCCCCCCACCCCCGGGUAGGUUAAAAGCCUCCUGCGCUGGGCAUGAGCCUCCUGCGCUGGGCAUGUAUUGUCACUUGGAAGCGAUUUGCUUUGCAGAGACUGCAGCUCCCCAACCUCCUGUACAUACAGUAUGCGCGCACAGGCCACGGUCAAGAAGUACCGUAAAUUCCUGUUUGUUGCGUCGACUAAAUGUAGAGGAAAAACCACAUUUGUACAUUUAAGUUGCACCGUGUGCAAGGCACGUGUACACGUCAUAAAAUGGCAUACUGUGGCACGCACAAGUCCAUGAGGACCAGGCAGCUCUUGGACAGGAGCCAAUCAUGAGCUAUGAAAAAAGUCAGGAUGUGAUUGACAACCCAUUGGAAAUGCAGGAAGUCAUUACUCAAUCAGACAGUGACUCACGUUGUCACCCUACAACACUAAACUCAUCACACAGCAAAAGACUCAAAAGGUAUACCUGACAAAUAUACAAACACGUGUUAAUAGUUUUCCCAUAAUGCAUUUCGUUGGAGCAGAGCAUCUCAUUGGAGGACAAGCGGGAUAGAAAAUGCAUGCCGAAAAUAGAUGAUCCUGCAGUGCUGCCUCUAUCCACCAGAGGGAGGCUGACGUCAUUGCAGCACACCAGUGAAUGCGUUGCUCUGACACCAUGCAUUAUGGGAAGUUUUUUCUUUGAAACUCACCCUUGUUUAGUUUAUUGAUCCAUUUUAAUGUCUGGUACAACUAAAGGUAACGAGUUAAGAACUGAUACCAUGAUUUUCUUGAUAAGCUAUUUUUGUCAAGCUAUUUUUAUUCGAUUUAAUUUGUUCAAUGACUGAAUACCAGUGAUGGCUGCUGGGCAUUCAAGGAGGGGAAGCUCUUUUUCCGGCCUACAUUAUAAAUGUUGUAAAUUCAAGUAUCUGCCAAAGACAGACAGAUCCAUCCAUCAUCAUCCAUUCAUCCAUCAAGCUGAGCGUCCGGGCCAGCCUACUGCCCGAUAGAUGCCCGGAGAUGCUGAACGUCCGAUGGGUGGGACAAUGCCCAGCAUUUAUCCAAUGACCGUCCAGUUCUGCGCAGUGCAACAACCAACUGUUCUUUUAGACAUUGCAGUCUUGGAGCAAUCGCCGUUGCGUGUAAUGACCUCCGAUUUCCAAAGGGUUGACAAGCUCGUCGUGAUUGGCUCCUCACUGACUCGCUAGCGGCUCGGUAUUGAAACAGUAGUUUUGAAGUAAAAUGUCCCAAGAUUAGAAUUAAACCAAAAAUUUGCCGCGCCGCUCUAUAAGCCGCAGGGGUUAAAGUAUCAGCUGAUAUCCGGUACUUCCAUUUGGUUCUAAAUUGAAGCAGGGGCACCGUCGUGGAUCCGGAUGAUGAAACCCGGCACAGGAAAGUAAUUGAGCAAAGUAAUGCAUCCAAACAAAAGAAUUCACUCAUAUUCAAACUAAGAACAGCGAAAUUGUGUCAACUUUUUGGAUAAUUCAAUGCUUCCUGCCAAAAGUCUUGUUUCCAUUUGUAUGGAAACAUGCAGUAGUGCGUAUGAGCGCUGCACUCAUGGAUUCACUGAAGAUUAGUUUUCUGAUGCUAUAGAUUUUUCUUCGUUUUUGGUGGAUUUAUUGUCCCAAAUUUAUUUUCAAAUAUUGGCAUAUUGGAUUGUUUUUAUGCAGCUUUUGGUGGAAAGAGUGGAGACUUGAUGGCACAUGGUCACACACUGCUGUGGGAUGGCAACCAGUCAAGUCAGCCAGUGUGGUUUUAUUGGUCACUCUUGCAUGGACACCACGCCCAAACUUUACUCCAAGUGUCCAGUUUGAUGAGUACCACAUGUUUUUCUGCUUUUGCGCAGCAACAUCCCACCUAACAAUGUUCCUUUGGCAAGAAGCAUUGUAUAACCGAGAAAUAAACUACCAAGUACAAGUCUAUAUUUUUUUUGGUCAGCUACCUUCGGGGGAAUCAUCAAUAUAGUAUUUUUGUUGAUGUCCGAUGUGAAGCCCGUGGCUGUUUUUUGUUGGACUUGGGCUAAUUUUACCGUCAUCUCGCGCCGCUUGUCGUCAGUCAUUUACGUUGUUUUUUUUUGUUUUUUUUAAAGGAAUCAUUGCUGUUUUGUGGUUACUCAAAAAAAUCUGCAUAGUUAAGCACAUGUAUGUAUGUUAGGCAUAAAUUAAGCACCCAGCAUAAAAAUGGCAAAAUGACCUAAAAUACAAAUAUAAGGCAGUCAGAAGAUGCAAAGACAUGAUAUGUAGUAUUCCACACUGAUCACUAGGUGUCACUAAAGUUACAUUGAUGAGACAAUAGCCACUGCAGGAAGUACUGUUCAGAAAAAGAAGGGAAAAGUCUUAUUUUGUCAUGUCUACUACGUAUAUUGGGAGGGUAAAAGUGACUAUAGGGGUGUUACUUGAUGUCUAGAGGGCUCUAAUGUUAAAAACCAUAUUUCGAAGGUGGUGUUCUAUGCUUCACUACAAAAUAUAUGAUGUAUAAAUUCAGAGCACGGUCGGGUCAGUAAGAGAUUAACUGCGAUAUAAGUCAUAGAAUAAAAAUGAAGAAUUAAGAGAAUAUAAAUAUGGAAAUAAAGUCAUGAUAUUUAUUUGCUCGUUUAUAGCCGUUAAUUGGUUCCAGACACGACCGCGAUAAACUAAUUACGCGUUAUAGGAUUCAAUGUUAUCAAAUGGAAUAUUUUUGUAGUUGGAGCAUAUAAUGACUAUACAUAUGGUUAACCGUAGACAUGAAAUAACACCCCUUAUUCGUAUUAUUUUCAACACAGGGCGCAGAUCUUAAGCUGCGGGGACGGAGCUAACCAUUUAGCCUCAAAUUUAUUUAUUCUUAAGAACCACUUCCACAUGGAAUGGGAGCGCCGUGGCUGACUUCAUGCAGUGUUAAGGCAAUGUAAUGUAAGGUAAUGUCGACUACUACAUAUCACUUGUAUUUCAAUAUGUCUUGACUAGUAAUAAAAUAAUCAACCAUAGUCUAGCACGAAACAGCGACCGUCGCCUAUAACUAGGGCCCUAUGGCGGAAUCGAGAUUCUACGGUUAAAAGCGAAAUCUUGUGGAGAUUGACAAUGUGAAUGGAAUGCUGUCAUCGUGAGGAGAAGGAACGUUGUGGGGGGGGGGAGUACUUCGCCGGCGGACCGCUCCGUCGUGGCAAGCCCGCCCCCCUCAGCCACCAAAAACACCACGGUGCCUGUUGACAUUGUGACAAUUUUUGCUCCCAUGUGUGCAGAGGCCGACAACCCAUCAGAAAAGUUUGCCAAGCUACAUCGCUACCUCCCUUUCCGAUGUAUCUGUCAUCAAAGUACACACACUAUGCUGGUAAAAUAAGGGGGAAAAAAGAGCAUAUCUGCAUGGGUUGGUUUACAAAAAGUCAAAUAUCAAAGUGGCCCCUGCAUCCUUCAUGUAUUACGCAGUCCUUUUGUAGGAAAAAGUUUUACUAUAUGGUUUAUUUUUUAACAUCCAGUCCCUCAACAAAGUUAUCAAUAUAUAACCACUGAAAGUCAACAUUUGGGCCUUUUGGUCAAAGAGAAAUGGAAAUAAGACAUUCCAGAAUACUUGGAGCCUCUAAAAUUCACUUUUAUGUGGUCAACACAACUUCGGAACAACAUGCCUGCCUGCUCCUUUUUAAAAGGCUUUUAAUUGCUUCAAACGGUAUCUGCCGGGCUUAUUUAGUGCAUUUAUUCUGGGUGACAACUGUCCGUAAAAGCCUUCUCUCGUGUGCAGUAAGGCUGCUGUGAGCUCAACGCUGCAGUAAGAGUUGCUCUUCCAUCUCUGUCGUUACGUACCGCUCGCAGAUGCAAGGGGAAGAAAAUGUUGGGUACCAUUUUCAGUAUCUUAGUGUUUGGCGUGAUGAGUUUCCUUUUGUGUAAAGUAGGAGUUUGUCCUUGUUCGCUGGCCUCCGUGUGUUCUUGCCGUUUGUCUUGAACCAAGCUGCUGUGGACGCGCUAGAAGGACUGAAGUGAACUUCGUGGCGUCCCAAGCCACACUGACGUGUGCCGACUCCACAAUUGUUCCUUUAUAUAUAUAUCUAUGUAUUUUUGCUGUCUUCUCCCGUCACAUUUGCCAUUUCUGCCUCAUUGGUGUAUUUGCUUCCCAGUUUUCCUCCCCGACGUCCACUGAACAGAUGUUUGCUUUCUCCUCCUCUGGGCUGAUGGAAAUGUUCAUGAGAAGUUAAUGCUAUCAAAUUUAUAAAUGUAUUUUUUACUAAAUUAUUUUUCACCUCUUU